AUGUGGCUGUCCGCCAAUUCCAAUCGACCUCGCGCUACAUGUCGAGAGCAGAAUCCCGAUCUCCCAUCCUCGUCCCAAACCUUGAACGCUGCUACGAUCUUCAAGUCGAACACGAUAGCUCCUUCGCCACCGCCAAACCCUUCUACACCUCUGAACGAUCGCGCAUCUCUUCGCGCUCUGGAUACAUCGUCUCGCCUUCACACAUCCCUAGACACUGGCAGCGGGCACUCGAGUCCUCUCAGCGCAGGCCUUCGAAUACGAACCGACGUACCUGGAUGCACAGUCACAGCUGCAAGCGCCGUUAAUACUGCACGAAGCUCGGAAGAAUUCUCCCGCGCACCUGCAACGACAAUUGGGAUAGCACGAACGCCAAGUAUCAAGAAUGUACUUGCGAGUAGCGUUGGCAGUAACACGAGUCUCGGUUCCGCGCCAAAUUCUGUGGUGUCUUCACCAAUGUUGAAUGCUAUGGCAGACGUUACUCCCCUACCGUCACCCCUCAUGUCGGGAGAUUCACCAGGGCCUUGGAGGAAACUUACGUCGGGACCUACUUCUCGAGAGACCUUAAUACCUCCCACGGCGGACUCGGCCCUCAUUACAGCUAACGGCGAGUCUAUAGCCUCAGCAAUAGCAAACCAGUCAAAACGCCGCGCCUUCCACGGGUUUGGAAAUAAUGAGUCGGGCCUGAAUAGCACAAUAAAGAACAGAGAUAAGAAUGCCGGGGGACAUACGAGAAAUAGAAGUCUCAGCGAGUAUGUGCCGGAAGCAGUGCAGAACUCAAUGCCUCGACAUAUCACAGUCUCGGGUUCCCAGUGUCCCACUAUCUUUAAUCCUGCUGCUGAAUCGGAUGCCUCGCUGGAUAUGCACUUGCGACGAGAACCGCAUUUGGCAGUACAAAGAGGUUUGGCACCUGUACCUCGACCUCCAACGCCGCCGUCGAGUAGAACGGGGGGCGAAAGUAGCGAUAGCGAUUCCCCAUUAACAGCUGCAGAAUUCACUCGGGCGAAAAAGCCGCGAUAUGAAUAUUAUGAUGCGUAUACUCGAGAUGGUAAGAAGAAAAAAAGAUGGCGAGGCCUGAAAGUUUUAGGGAAAGGAACCUUCAGCCAAGUGAUACUAGCAACGAGCCAACUCGACGGAGAAGACAGGAGCACAGAUGAGAACGAACAUUUCGAUCAACAAAUGGAAGGUAUCCUAACACCUGUGCCUGAGGUUAAGAUGGACCGGAAGAAACUGGUCGCCAUCAAAAUCUGUGAGCAUGGGCCGAAAGGAGGCGCUUCUGAGGACCGAGUGGAGAUGUCUUUGAAGCGCGAGUUGGAAAUCAUGAAGACAAUUCACCAUCCCUCACUAGUUUGUCUCAAAGCGUGGAAUAUCGAACAAACACGCGCUCUUCUGGUCCUCAAUUACUGCCCUGGGGGAGAUCUCUUCGAGGUAGCAAGUGGCCAUCGAGAUGUCAUGGUUCCAGGGCUCCUACGACGUAUAUUUGCAGAGUUAGUCGGGGCAGUGCGGUACCUGCAUGGGGCACAUAUUGUACACCGGGAUAUUAAACUUGAGAACGUCCUCGUCAACCUCACUCACUAUGAGCUCGCUCGUAAUCAAGACUGGACAGUCUAUCCAUACUCAAUCAUUACACUUACAGAUUUGGGGCUUGCUCGCCACGUUGCUGAUGAUGAAAAACUCACUACUAGGUGCGGAUCCGACGAUUAUGCUGCGCCAGAAGUGAUUCUAGGCCAGCCCUAUGAUGGACGCGCCAUUGAUGCUUGGUCUCUGGGUGUCCUUCUAUAUGCCCUUCUCGAGAGUCGAUUGCCAUUUGACCCCCAUCCAAGAAUGUCCGAAGCGCAACGAAUGCGCAGUCGAACCUCUCAUCGCAUUGCGAGAAUUGAAUGGGUAUGGAUCGAAUACGCCGGGGAUGAAGGGGACCGUGAAAGCGACCCAGAAAAGUUUAGAGCCAAGGGGUUAGAAGGUGCCAUGCUAGCAACGGAGGGACUAUUAAAACGAGUUAGGAAUCGCUGGACGUUGGAGCAAGUUGCCGAGCUGGAGUGGGUCAAGGGGGCGAUUGCUGUCGAAGGCGGGAUCAAGUUCCGCGAAGAGGCUGAUGCGGAAGAGGUGUUGGAUAUUGAUUCCUCGCCUUUAUAGUGACCCUUUAUCACCCACGCCCUAAUAUCAUCAAGGUUCCACGGACGAUGAUGAUGAUGACAUUGCAGGGUAGAAAAAAAGCCUUGAGGAUAAACCCGUAUUUGUUUCGGUAAUUGUAUUUGCAGCGAGUUGCGCAAGGGAUUUACGGUUCCGUCAUGGUAUUAUAGGGCAGGAAACGGCGUUUUGCGAGUUUGAGACUCCUCUCACAUGAGAGGGUGUUUGUGUUUGUUGUAUCUUACGGGUACGUACCUUACCUAUGUAUAUAUAUUAUCAAUUUUCGCGGAUGGAUCAAUUGUGGGAUAGGAAGAGAUGAAUGAUGGAUGGAAAGCUUAGAGAAAGGAACAACUGGCCGUAUUUGUAGUGUAGUAGUUGUAGCAAACCGCGAGAUUUCUUUCUUGAAUGCAAAAACGAU